ACUCCCGUGACAGUAUACUACCUGCGAAAUCCAUAUCCAAAGUAAAAAGGGUAAAAGGUUGCUCUGUAUGUAUUUGAAGACAAUGUUGCCAAACUGCAAACUGUGAAGUACCAUGAGAAACAGUAUUUGUUCAAACGCUUUUCAGGUACUUUCAAAACCAAAACUCAUAAGUCAUGAAUCUAUGGAUAACUUACUCAACAGAAGAUGGACACUGCCAAGCCCUGAAACCAAAAUUCAUCAAGUAAUUCAUAAACAACAAGGUUUGGAUGGUCGUAGUAGUAAUUUCCUAUUAAACACCAAUCCAGAUUUUGGUGGUGGCAAUGCUGAAAUGGAUAAACAUAAGAAAAAACACUUUUAUGUCGUGCGCGAUGAUUUGUUGCAUCCGAUAAUUAAUGGUAAUAAAGCAAGGAAACUUGAUGGAUUACUUCCCUUGCUUCAAGAUUAUUCAGUCACUGAUGUGGUUACCUGUGGAGGUUGUCAGAGUGCUCACACAGCUGCUAUUGCUGUUCUGUGUGCCGAGAGAGGAAUUAUGUCCCAUCUGCUUCUACGAGGAGAGCAGCCUGAAAUAUUGACCGGCUACAACUUGAUGUCUACGAUAUAUGGAAAUGUUACAUAUGUUCCAAGAACUAUUUACGCCAACAGGGAAGACAUGCUAAAAAGCUAUGCUAAGUCAGUGGCCGGAAACAGUGAUUCUGUCUUAUGGUUCAAUGAUAUUAUUCAAGCUGCUUCAACAACUGAAUUGUCCACUUCUCAAAAUUUUAUGCAAAUGGAUGCAAGUAGAAGUGAUGGAAACCAUCUUCAAAAGAUUUUAAUUGUCAAUGAAGGGGCUGGUGAUUCUGUUGCUCUACUAGGUAUUAUUCGGUUAGUGCAAUACUUAUCUCAAAAUCAUUUACUUGGAAAACAAAGGGCCGUGAAAUUUGUCGUGGAUGCUGGUACUGGCACAACAGCGGUUGGUAUAGGACUUGCAGCUCUUUGCUUAGGACUCCCAUGGGAGGUAUAUGCAGUCAUGCUGGCUGAUAAAAUUGAUGGGUACCGAAAACAGGAAAAGCGCUUGAUUUCUGAAUUCAAUAAGCAUUUCAAUGUUGAGUUCAUUGACCAUGAUGUAAAGAAAGAUGCUGGGAUUGUGCAUUGGGUGGAACGUGAACGUCCAAGAAAAUUUGGCAAUAUUUUGGAUGGAGAAAUGGUAGUAUGUCAGCAAAUUGCUCAGCAAACUGGGAUUCUAGUGGAUCCUGUGUACACAUUAGCUGCUUGGGAUACGGCAAUGCUUCUUUCUAGCGAAGAGGAUGAAGGAGGAGCCGAAGUGGUGAUGCUUCACACUGGAGGCACGUUGGGCAUGUUCGGGUUAGCUCAAAGGUACAAAAAUUAUUUUGGCAUGCUCAAAAAGGGGAUUCAAUCAUGAUUAUAAAAGUAUGUUUUGAUUCUUUUUGCUCAAAAAAUGUAUUUUCUUUUGGAAUUUACAGUUUUGGAUUAUUAUUUUAUUUACCUUUUGUUUUUUAUUUAUGGGAACAUUCCACAAUUUACCUUUAUUUAAUUAUUUAUUUUGUAGAUGUAUGUAAUAUUCAAUAUUCACAACUUUAUUUUACCCUCUCUUUUUUUAAACAACCGAUAUUAAUAAUUAGUAUUGUUAGUUUUGCUGAGGGUGAAAAUC